AAAAGGUAGAUUAGACUUACAGUCUUCGCAGCGAAGAGAAGCCGAUCGUGAACCGUCAGUCACGCGCGACGAUCAUCGCCGUUGGAACGACGUUUGGAGUCAGUUGUCCAUAUCCAUUUUCGGUAAUUUUUACAUGUCCAGCGUGUUAGAAUAUCAAAGCGUGCUGCCGGUACUCUUUGAGGAAACGACAACGUCCUAUCGAAAGAUGACUACUAAUAAGACACAGGACAUCGGAAGAAGGCACGCAAUUCCUGUCAUUUACACCAGAGGAACUCAUUACGACGUCGGCUUCGAUAUUGGUCGCACAUUCUCUGGUCUGAUUCAAGAGUUUGUCAGUAUAUAUCAACCGCUUAAUGAAACAUAUUUACCGCUAUACGAGACAGAAGCGGGUAGAAAAAUUUACGACGAAACCCUUGCCUGCGUAGAAGAGCAAUUUCCCGGAUAUUUGAAAGAAAUUCAAGGAACCGCUGAUGGUGCCAACAUUCCUUUUUAUAAAUUAUUUCUGAUGCAUUUAGACGAUAUCGUACCAAAUGUAGCAAAUAGAGGACUAAAGGGAAAUGCGUUACCCGUUGGAUGUUCGACCAUCAUGUGCAAUCAACCAGGGCAAGAAAUUUUAGGACACAACGAGGAUGCCCUCAGCGAAACUUUAAAUCAUUGGUACUUGGUUUCUGCACAUGUACUCGAACCAGGAUACAAGGAAGAGAAUUUUACAUCUUUAAGUUAUGCCGGAUUUUUACCCGGAUAUACGAUGGGUUACAAUCAUCAUGGUCUCGUUUAUACUAUCAAUACGCUUAGCGCCGCAAACUUGAGAUCUGGUAAAACGCCUAGAUACUUCCUUACUCGAGCGUUAUUAGCUGCAGAGAAUUACGUACAAGCUCAACAGAUUCUAAGAAAUAAAGGUUUCGGUGCGGCAGAAGGAUUUUCUGUGAAUAUGACUUUUCUAACACAAGAAGGGGAUAGAAUGUUUCAUAAUGCCGAGGUCGGUCCUUGUGAGAUCAGUGACACGCAAUCACAAUUGAGCAUUUUGACUGUUAGUCCUGGAGAAAAUACGUACCAUUGUAAUAAAUAUCUACGACUGAAAAUAUCAGAAGUUGAAGGACUUAUCAUAAAUAGCAGCGUAAAAAGAAUGGCUACCAUUUCUAACUACCCCCCCGCUAAAACCCGUCAAGAUGUUUUAGAUAUUUUAAGCGAUCAAACGGACGACGAAUACAGAGUCUACCAAGAAAAUAAUAAGGAUGAUCGUGUAAAAACUAUAGCGACUGGUAUCUUUGACUGUAUUGAAAAAACCUGGUCUAUCUAUACGAACAAGCCGAACACUACAGAGCCGGUCUUGGUCAUACCAUUACGAUUCCAUGACGAAUCAGCAACUUCUGCUACGUAAAUUUACCAACAACCAAAGUAACAUUUCUUCGUGUUCAACUUCACCUAUUUUUCUAUCAGUUUUUACAUCACGAAAUCUGUAAUUUCUUCCAUUUAUCUUUUUUUUUCCCUCAUUUACAUUGCACUUCUACCAAUUAUUCUAAUCGAUGACAUCGAAACUUCUCUACAAAUCAUAAUAUUUUCCUUCUACUAUCAAAUCUUACCAUCUUCCAUGUUCUCCUAUCAUAUUUUUAUACACCUCGAUCAAUUGUUUUCAUCUAUUAAAUACGAUCAAAAUAGAAAUCAGGACAAACCCAGAUAUUACAAGAAAAAGAAAAAAGAAAAAAAAAAUGAAAAAGAAAAAGAGAAGAGAG